CUCUCCCCGCUCGCGGCGCAGCUGAGCGCGCGGCACUGCGGGACCCCAGCGCCGCCGAGCCUCGCGCAGUGAUGGCCUCGACUGUGCAGCUCCAUCCAGACCCCCGUCUUGACGACUGCGAAUAGAGUGCUUACGCACACACACACACACACUUAUUGGACAGCUGCAACACACACACACAUACACACACACACACACACACACACCACAGAAGCAGCAUGUAUAGUGUGGAGGACCUGCUCAUCUCGCAUGGAUACAAGCUGCCCCGGAAGCACAGUCCUCCCCCGGCUCCACGCAGAGCCCCAGGGGAGGGGGGCCCGCCGUACGGCUACCCCAGCCGAAGCAGCUCCGCUCUGGGCAGCCUCACGUCGGCGUCGGGCUCCAACUCCAGCAGCCAGAGGGACCUGGCACACUCUCAUGGGCGAUCAGUGCUCGCUGACCCUGGGUUCUAUGACACCCACCGCGGCGUCUACGUCCAGCCCCACAGCAGUGACCGGGGCAUCGCCUACUGGAAGCGGCGCGGGCAGGACUUCAGCGCCCUGCUGGACUACGCCGACGGGCGCGUGCCCAUGGGCAUGCAGCGGGCCGAGGGCCGCGGCUCCCUGAGCGCCCGCGAGCGCGAGCUCGCCCUGCAGCAGUGGAGGCUGGCGGCCGAGCGGAGGCAGCACGGCGACCCCGGCGCCGAGAGGUGGGCACAGCAGCAGCAGCAAGCGCACCCACAGCAGCAGCAGCAGCAGCAGCAUCAGCAGCAGUACCAGCAGCAGCAGGAGCAGCGGGCGCAGCCGCGCCGGCCUCGGACAGCAGAGGGCGCCGUGCCGCCCCGGACCAAAGCCAAGUCGCAGUCGCUGCCCCGCAUGGCGCUGCCCGCUCCCACGCCGCCGCCGCCCCACGGCGGCCGCUCCUGCCUGAGCGCCGGACCCUCCAGCCUGCAGCUGCACGAGGGCGGCGUGGGCAUGUGGAUGGGCAACCCGGCGUCGGGCAACGCCGCCGUCCCUCAGGCCCGCGCCAGGCAGAGCCGGCCCCCGCGCCCGCCCUCGUACGAGGUCCACCAGCAGACGCGCGCCAGCGCCGACGGGCCCAUGUCCAGGGCGCCGUCGCGCCAGGAGUACUGUCCGUCCGAGCCGCCCGGCUACAUGCCCCCGCCGUCCUACCGCAGGCAGCCCAUCAUGGGCGGGCACGGAUACCGGGAGCUCCUGGCGGGGUACAUGUACCGGAACGAUCCGUACCAGCAGGGCAUGCCCCUCUCGGAGGGCGUGCAGUGGUACGCGCGGCAGGCCGGGCACUCCUGGCCCGAUCACCACGCCGACGGGCGUCGGAGCGCCCCGUGCCGGGCGGUGUUCCCGGUCUACUCGGACGACGGGCGCGGCGUGGUGCAGUACAUCCCGUUCGACGACCCGCGCGUGCGGCACAUCUCCGGCGGCCUGCUCACCGACGCCGACAAGAUCCGCAACAUCCAGAACGAGAUCCCCGGCAUCACCGUGUCCGAGCAGUCGCCGGACGACAGCGCCUUCCUGUCGCCGCAGGAGUCGGUGGACAGCUCCGACGUCACGCCGCCCUGCCACGCCCAGUGGCCCAGUUACCCCGACAACCUCAGCUCGGCGCCGGACCUCAACCGCAACCCCGGCGACCUCAACCGCAAUUCGGCCGACGUGACCUCCGACCUCCCCACUUUCGGCGGCAAGCGGCAGCCGGUCAGCUCCCGCCAGAGCUCCAGCUCGGACCAGGGCUUCUCGGAGACCAUCACGCAGGUCAAGAAGUUUGAGCCGGAGGUGGACAGCAAAAAGCCCGCGCGUCGGCGACAGAAAGAGACCAUGUUCUGCCUGGUGUCGGUGCCCAUCGCGCCGCAGGUUGCCCGGGACGACCCGGACCAAAACAACAACAACAAAGCCCCCAGCCCCACUGUGAUGGCCGUGGUAACGCAGCCGAGUAACCAAAGCAACCCCGCCGGCGGGCAACAACAGGUCCUCGGCAUCCCAGACGCCCUGCCGCCCGCUCCCAGCAGCCCCCUGGGCUCCCUUGUGUCCCGCCGCGCCCCGCUGAGGAGGGAGCUGGUGGACGCUUGGACCCUGCAGGCCCGUUGUCAAGGUCAGAGCUCCUGGCCCGGGGACCAGUACCGCAACCAGCACACCCAGACCGGCUCGCCCGAGAUCACCCGCGUACCCCCUCCCCCCUCGUCAUCGUCGUCCCAGCCGGCGCCCGAGGCCCCGUCCUCGGACAGCACCACGGACAGCGGGCUGGGAACGGACUGCUGCCCCCCCUACAGCCUCCCCAUGAAGGGUCAGCGGAGCAUCAGCCCCUCCAGCACCAGCGCCUUCUCCCGCACCGUCCAGCCCAACCCGCCCGGCGCUCAGCCCAGUCCGACCCGGCGGCGCUCCCCGCCGACAACACCACCGGCAGCGCCCCAGCCUUCGCCCCGUCGUAAUCUGCCACGGCCAGCCUCCGCCGGAGCAGGAACAGGAACAGGAACAGGAGCAGGAGCAGGAGCAGGAGGAGAAGUCUUCGGGCAGUUCCUGCUCAAGCCUGUAGGGCGGCGCCCUUGGGACGCCAUCGAGGAGCUGGAGUCCUUCAACAAGGAGAGCCAGAAGGUGCAGGAUCCCGCCCCGGGCCGUCAGAAUGUUCCGGAACCGAACCACGCAGGUGAUGACGACGACGAGCUCCUUGAAGAAACGUCAGAGCACAAAGACGAGGUGGACAACAUGGACAUUAGCCCCGUCGUUGACGACUGGGGCCUCUCAGAGUUGGUGCCCCUCUACAGGCGAACCCGGAGCUCCCCCUGUUGGCCGGAGGACCACACUGCAGCGGACAGGUUGGGGGUCGAGGAGCCCAGCCCCAGGCAGGGGAGCUCAGGCCUUGUGGUGCAGCCUCUCUGCAGCCCCAACGCAGUGGACAGGCAGGACAUCCCCGUUCCUCAGGAGUCCAUGCUAAGGGACGUAGGGCUCACCGUCUACACCCCUCAGCCCCACAAGGGGGCGCCAGAGGAGUCCUUCUCAGCUAUAAUGGUGACUGCAGAAACUCAGCCAGCUAGAGCACCGCAGCCAGAUAAGCCCCUCUCCCAGGCCCCACCUCGGGCCGUAGAGUUGCCGAACCCUGACAAGAGGGAAGCCGCCGUCCCGAACUCGGAGAGGACACACACCUCCGUCACCGUAAGACGGCAGCGGUUCCGCUUCAGCUCGGAGGGUCCGACCUUCCUGACAGAGAGCCUGACGGUCUUCUCGCCUGACGGCCAGGGCGAGGAGGAGGACGAGGUUCUGGAGGCCCUGCUGAGCAAGGUGAAGAAGCGCCCGCCCAGCGAAGACCUCAGCCCACUGUACCAGGUGCAGAGCGCCAGCGGCAUCCCCCAGAACGAGUCCAUCGAGGAGCGCGCCGCCAGAAUACUGGGCAUCUCGGUGCCGGCUGAGUCCCUGGUGUCAAAGGGCCAACGUCUGGAAGGGACAUUAGCCUGUCAGAAUGAGGUGCUGGCAUUGGCUGAGCUGGUGUUGACCAAUCAGAGUGAGGAAGAGGUAGAAGAACACCUGCUGUUAGCCAAUGCAGAGAGGCCAGAUGGUGUGGCGAUAGAGGAGGCGUUAUGUGAGAAAGAGGAGGUGGCAGGUGAGAGAGAGGAGGAGGCUAAUGGGGAGCAACAAGGAGACGUGGAGGAGGAGGAGGAGGAAGUAGAAGAAACAGCAGCUGUGGUGGAGGAGACAGCAGCCCCAAGAGAAGCACCAGAUGAAGAAGCAGAAACGAAUGUCAGAGAAGGAGAACCGACAGCCUGUGAGUGGGAGACCACUAAAGGAGAAUCAGCAAUAGCAGGAGAGACGGAGGAAGCAGGAGAAUCUACAGCAAUAAGAGGGGAGGAGACGGCGGCGGCCAGUGAGGAGGAGCCAGUGGAGCAGUCUGUCGGCGACGACAGAGGAGGUGUAGAGGAGGAGGAGGAGGAGGAGCAAGCCAUAGGUGGAGGUGAAGUUACAGAGGAGGAGGUAGCAGCAAGUGAGCUGGAGAUAUCAGGAAGUGUAGAGGGUGGGGGAGAAGCAGCAGAAUCCAGAGAGGAUAGCCUGGAUGAGGAGGCGCAGCAAGCAAUCAGAGAGGCCAUAGACGAGGAGGAGGUUCCAGAGGAGAACAGAGAGGCCCUAGAUAAGGAGGUUCCAGAGGAGAACAGUGGGGCCCUAGAUGAAGAGGAGGUUCCAGAGGAGAACAGAGAGGCCUUAGAUGAGGAGGUUCCAGAGGAGAACAGUGGGGCCCUAGAUAAGGAGGUUCUAGAGGAGAACAGAGAGACUCUAAAUGAGGAGGUGCAGCAGGCAAGCUGGAGAGGAGAGUUCUCAGAGGUGCAGGUGGAGGCCGGUCCAGAGGUGGAGGAGGUGAUGGAGGUGAUGGAGGAGGAGGUGGAGGCAGUGUCAGUCAGUCCAGAUAGCUACAUCGCCAUAGCGACGCUGGAGAUGCCCGAGAUCCUGUCCAUCGUUGAGGAGGACGAUGAGGACGAGGACACUGACUUCGGUCCGAACGGCGGCGCGAUGGACAGGAGAAUGGACCGUCUGCAGGGCAGUGAGGAGGCGAUGUCCUAUAUGCCCUCGUACCUCUCGCUCGGUCACGCGCAGAGGGAGCAAGAAAAGAGGGAGGAGGUGCUUGUAGGCAUGAAAGAGACGGAGGAACAGAGAGAGGAUGAGCAGGAGGAAGAGGAGAUGGAGGACUCCAGAAGGGUGGAAGAGGAGAGACAGAUCAGAGAAGACGGAGAGGAGGAGGAGGAGAGCACUCCGGAGAGAGGGAUGGACGGAAGAGAACGGCCGCUCUCCCUGCGGCCUGAAGACGAGGCGCGUAGAGGGGAGAAGAGAAGAGACGAGGAGGUGGGAGAGGAGAAGAGCAAACCUGGGCGGCCGGUGGACGAGUCCCCGUGUCCGGCCGUGCGACCCACACCCCUCCCCCGCAGUACUGUGGUCAAGCGGGAGAUCCGCCUUCCUCUGGAAGCCCUGGAGGACCCUGACACAUAUCCAACCUCAGAUUCCUAUGAUCCCAGUCGAGUGGAGAGGGUGUAGCCAUGGCGACUCGAACUUCCCCUUCGUCACUGUGACCCCCAUCCCAGCGCUUCUUUACGACCAGCAACAUUCACCUCUCUCCUCAUCGCUGUGUGUGUCUGUGUGUGAGUGUGUGUGGGUGUGUGAGAGAGAUAGAUAAAUGGCAGACAUUAUAUAUCAGUUUCUGUAGAAUAUAUCAGUUGGAGUAACAUUGCCUUUUCGUUUAUAGCCAUGUGUGAGAAUGUGUGUGUGUGUGUGUGUGUGUGUGUGUGUGUGUGUGUGUGUGUGUGUGCGUGGUAGGCAGAGGCCACAAGUAAUGUACAGUUCAGAGGUAUAAUGGCUUUCACAGACACAGCAACGUGCACACAAACACCCUCUACUGUGUUGAGCAAUACACAUUCAUCAUGGGCGCUGACCGCAAUAAUGCACACACUCACUUCUGCAGAGCAAUACACAACACCCCCCUCCACACACACACACACACACACACAUGCACAUAUAUGUACACACACACAGUCAUUGAUCAUUCCAUGUUCACCAAAUAGAUAGCUUUCUGCAGAGCAACACAGACAAUGGCAAUCCUAAUGUCCUUGGUACCAGAGGUGAACACACACUGUGCGUGAUCUGUAGGCACUUUCUAUUGAAAUUGCAUUCUGAGGUGAGUGAAGAACCCUCAGUCCCCCCACCCCAGAUGCAGAUGCCCUAGGUAAUUGCCCUUUGUAAUUGCCCUAGGUAAUUGCCCUUUGUAAUUGCUCUAGGUAAUUGGCCAUUGUCGCCUUCACUGAGUUUUGCCACACAUUAGACGCUUUCUUUUCACAUAGAGUGAUGAAAUUCAAAGCAAUACACAUACUCACUGUCCUACUCACUGUUCUAAGCAUAUGAAAGCUGAAUGACCAUUCACUAAUGUAAAGGUGUGACGCACACACACACACACACACACACACACACACACACACACACACACACACACACACACACACACACACACACACACACACACACACACACACACAACACAACACAACAUAACACACACCUGAAAUGUAUUUAUUAUGAAGCAAUCCUCAUAUUGUACAAAGCAAAGUAGCUUUAUUUUUAAAAAGUAUUUUAUAUGUAGCCCUUAGGUCAGCUUGCUUUAGCUCACUUGCUGAUAGCGCACAUAUGUAGAUGUGAUAUCAGAAGUGUGUGUAUGUGUGUGUGUGUGUGUGCGUGUGUGCGUGUGUGUGUGUGUGUGUGUGUGUGUGUGUGUGUGUGUGUGUGUGGUUAGACCUAGCUGAUUUGCAAGCUAAGGUUAUGCACACAUGUAGCAGGUGCUUAUGUCUAUUUCGUAGGUCUGUGUGUGUGUGACCUCAGACUUCUCUUUCACAUGACCAAGGUGUGUGUCUCUAGCAGACUGUCCAGGCUGUCUGUGUAUGUCUGUCCAUCUGUCCAUCUGUCUGUCUCACAGGUUUUGGUCUCAAAACAGGCGUGUGAACGUCUCAGUAGUGUGUGUGUGUGUGUGUGUGUGUGUGUGUGUGUGUGUGUGUGUGUGUGUGUGUGUGUGUGUGUGGACAGACAUUCUGGACUCACCACCUCAAUGGCUUGCUGUGAAUCUAUCCAUAACAAUGUUUGUGGCAUCAAUGCUUCCCUCCAGGAAAAGUAGCAAUAGCUGAACAAUUGCAAAGAAGACUGGGCUAGGCAAUAUUAUGCAGAGGUGUGUGUAUGUGUGUGUACGUGCUUGUGUGUGUGUGUGUGUGUGUGUCCUCAGUCCUCUAUAAUUGUAUACAUCACUCCUAUUUAGGGGUGCGUGAGUGGCUUUUGUAGCAUUAGAAUCAGCUAGAAAACACACACAACAAUCAGUCUCUCUCUCUUUCUUUCUCUCUAUCUCACUCUCACUUUAUUUUUGGUAUACGCCUCCUCUCUCUGUGCACAGUGAGCUUCCCUCUCAAUAGUAGAAUAUCUCUCUCUCACACACACACACACACACACACACACACAUAUCCCUGUGUCAUUGUCACACAUUGCACCCAUGUCGUCAGUAUUCUAGCGUAUUAAUGUUGCACAUGUCGGCUUUGAUAUUUUUAUAUCUCCUUGUACAGUUUCAGUCUUUUCUAAAAGCCGCUGGUGUUCGCUCUCCUUGCAUGGAUGUAUCUCCGGAGAACGGGAACCCGUUUUACACAUCAGCACAUUUGGUACUAUGUAAUCCAGCCGAUGAAUAAUCAUUAUAUUUCAUAGUGCAUAUUUUUAUCUUCCAAAUAAACAAUGGCAAUAUUUAAGAGCAAAAUAAGCUUAUUUUUAGAAGUAAAAGGGAAAGUGUUAUUGAGGCCUAGUGUGUGUAUAUGUGUGUUCGAGUGCAAACUACCACACGCACAUAGAAUAGAGAGGCCUUGCGUUGUACAAAAAACUGCAGAUGAUUCAUAAAUAAACUCUUUGCAUGAAA